UUCCGGUGGGGUUGGUGCCGGGCAGGUGUCGGUGGUGCGGGGAGUCUCGGGAUGGGGCAUUAAAGCGACGGUUCCGUGCGUGGGCUGGACUCGAGCGUGGCGGCGGCGGCUGUUGGAAGCGCGGCCGAAGGGCGGCGGCUGCAGGAAAUAGAUGUGGGGAAAAAGCACAUCCAUCUUCUUCACAAGGCUCCAGAAGUUCUGAAAAAUCGGCAUGCUUGGAAUCUAGGGGCAUAUUGGUGCUGAAUCCAGCCUAUAGAAAAAGAGGAGACUAGACCUUACUUCCUUUUGAUCAACUCCUUCUAAAGCAACAUCUCAUCAUGGCUGAAAUGACACCAGAAGAAAUUCAGUUGAGGGCCCACCAAGUCACUGAUGAGUCUUUGGAAAGCACAAGGAGGAUUCUUGGUCUGGCUGUUGAGUCCCAGGAUGCGGGAAUCAAGACAGUCACCAUGCUGGAUGAACAAGGAGAACAACUAACCCGUAUAGAAGAAGGCAUGGACCAAAUAAACAAGGACAUGAGAGAAGCUGAAAAGACCUUGACAGAGCUCAACAAGUGUUGUGGCCUCUGUCUCUGUCCUUGCAACAGAACAAAGAACUUUGAGUCUGAUAAGUCAUACAAGUCAGCCUGGGGUGAUGGUGUGGAGAACUCAACAGACCGUGUUGUAUCCAGCCAGCCAGGACGUGUAACAAAUAAUCAGCCACAGACCACUGUAGGAGCAAGUGGGGGAUAUAUUACACGGAUAACAAACGAUGCCAGAGAGGAUGAGAUGGAUGAAAAUCUCGCUCAGGUGGGAAAUAUCCUGGGGAACUUGAAAAACCUGGCUUUGGAUAUGGGCAGUGAGAUUGAUUCACAAAACAAGCGAAUAGACCGGAUAAAUGAGAAGGCGGAUACCAACAAAGAUCGUAUUGAGCAAGCCAAUGUCCGAGCCAAGAAACUCAUUGAUAGUUAAUGAGCUUUCUGCCAUUGUCCAGUGUCUUUCUCCAGCUGCAAGUCGUCAUUUUCAUAUCUGUGAAAUUUUCUAUAUUUCAAAACAGGGGUAGCAGAGUCGGGAAGCGAGUGCAGCAGGUUGCUUUUUAUAGUACUUCUUUUUCUUAUCCUUGUGUGAAGAUAUUGCUUUGACUCCAUCAGAGCAACAACAUAGCUCCUAAUCAUCUGCCCUACCUUUUAAACCUGCUCAGGGCUUAGAAAAUUCUCAAAGCUGUAAAAUUUUCUCUUAUUCUCCCUCACAACACAAAGUAUUCUAUUAAAAUGGAAUAAACAGGGUGGUAUAAUUUUGGGUUUGUAAUUGUGGAAAGGUUGGAGAGGAGACUUUACAAGUUUUUGGGUUUUUUAAUUACUUCACUUAGAGUUGUGCAUUCUCACUAAAAUAGGAACUUGGUGAUGCUUAUUACUUGUAUUUCUUAGUUCAGUAGGAUAACCAUGGUUUUACGGACACUUAGUUUAAUUUCCAACCCAUAUGUAAACUACCAAAUUUAACAAGUUCUGGCCCACUGGCUACUUGUGGGUUGAGGACUUUAAAACGUACACACUGUAAUUUGAAGGAAAUGGGAGGGGAACACAUGCAUUUUCAUUCUUUGAAUGUGAAAUGAUGUUGAUGUAGAGACCAUGGUUAACAUUAUGCUGCAUUUUCUGUUAAUUCUUUAUUGUAUAUAAUUAAUUUUAAACACCAUGCACCUGUUUUACUGUUGAACAGAAGAAAAUAAUUCUGUUCCCAUAUUUAUGCAAUGGAAAAGAUUUUAUAUCGAGCUUCUAAAUAUUUCCUUUAAAAGUAGGCUCAACAAAGCUUUAGAUAAAAAUGUAAGAUUAAUUGAAAACUUAAGUCUCCAGGAAAACAUCAGACAAACUCUGAAUCUGACCACCUAUAGUAAGCAUGCAAAUGUCCCAUCUGGAUUCCAUGUCAAGUUCACCUCUGUCAGUUCUCCCUGGAAUUUGGGUUGUGCCUUUCUCUGCUGCAGUACCACAAAUCUCACCAAGUUCUGUUCCCCCACGGUGCGUUAGGGGCAACUUUUUAAACCUCUGAAUGGAUAUUAAAAUAAUGAAUGAGGGAGAACAAAUUUCUUUACACUUAAGUACAGUUUUUCUUGGUCUUUUAGUUUUUAAACCAUGUAUACACCAUAAUUCACCCUCUAUUCUGCAUGAUACUUCUGAACUAUGCAUGUGCUACUUUCCCACCUAAUCUUAAUUUAAAUCAAGAUAUAUACCUGAUAGCUGCUGUCCACUUAUUCAAAAAGUUAUGUUUCAUGAAGUUAAAUUUUUGCUUGGCAACAUGUCACAAUAAGUAGAACAUUUUAAACUACUACCUUGCUAUAACGAAUGCUUCAUAUGAAGGAACUGCUUCUUCUGUUCCUCCCUUCUUACCUUGUUCCGGGAAUAAGAUGCUUGCUCUAUCUUUACUAUAAUAAAUCAGUUUAUGGAUUGGACUUCAGAAUCUGUAAUGUAAAAUGUUCCAAAUCCAAGAUAUCUGUGGUGGUAAUGCUGAGGUUCCUUCUCAUAAUGGAGAAUACUCCAAUCAGCUAGAGUCAAAAAAACCAAAAUCGUUCACAGGGAAAAUAGAUGUGGAUUCAUGUUUUGUCUUCCAAUAAACGUAGCCAGUCUUAUUCUCAAGAUUCUAAUUUGAGAGGUGGAGUGAAGUAGUUAUGAGUUUUGUGUAGGUUGAAAGGGAAAGUGAUGAUUUAAAAUAACAUAAGCUGUGAUAUUUGAAUGUUAGUGUGGAAUCCCCCCACCUCCCAGUGAUUUAGUUGAGGCAUGACCAAAUUAAUCACAUUCAAGCUUAUUUAUUCUUUGCAGGGUAGUUGUCCAACAUUCUUUUUUUUUUUUUUUUUGUAGAAAAUCCUGGGGCAGAGGGAUGGGACUAUAACCUGUAAAGAUUUAGAUGAGUAAUUUGGUAAUUCCUUAAAUGAUGGGAGUGCAACACCACUACGCAUCGCAGUUAUCAGUGCACUCCAGGGGCUACUAUAAAUGAUUUCUGACUAUGACAAAGAAAAGAGAGGACUGCUAUAUACAAUAAGUAGAAAGCCAGGUCAAAUUUUAUGGAAAACCUAGUAUGAAUAAGGCUUAAGUGAAACAAUCUUUUGUGGGUGAUGGAAAUUUCUCCAGGGUUGCUUAUUGUCCUCUGUGGCUUCCAAAACAGCUGGAAGGAAAAUGGAUUUUUAAUAAACUGUAUGUUAAUCCUAUUAGUAGCUAAGGACACACAUAUACACACACCCACUAUGAGUACCAAAGAAGCAUUUGUGGUGCCAUUACCUACUGGUACAAUAAAACCCCCAGCAUGUGAAAGCUUAAGGGAUUCCACUACCCAAUAAGACUUUCUUAUACCAACUUAAGAGGCUUACUUGAAAGAACCUUUGUACAGAGCAUGCCUUCUGUUUCUUUUUUUUUAACUUAAAGGUAGUGAUGUACUGCUGGGAAUGGAAGACUUAAACUGUUCCACGUAUAACAUUGCAGAACUCAUCUGCUGUAAUUCCUUGGAACACCUUUUCCCCCCUCCCUUUCAUUAUUACAACAUCUUACCUCAUGUCUGAUUUUCCCCAAGCUAUUACAACAGCUACUAGGUACAUUGGCUAAGAGGAUGCUGCGUUGAGUACAUGGAAGAUUAAUAUCACAGCUUAAAAUUGUGCCCUACAUGAUACUAUUCAUGUUUCUGUACCUUAUCUGGGAUUCACCUACAACUGUUGUGUGCCAAUGUGACAUAGCACUGGGAUAUAGCUUGGUUAUUAGCUGAAUAUUAACAGUUGUUUUAUAAUGGACACAGAUCUGGGUCCUUGAGGGAGUCGGUGCCUUAAUGUUCCAGAGCAAACUGCACAGCAAUACUGUCUUUUGGCAUUGCCUGUUAGAAGCAUUUAUCCUAUUACACAUCAUACUUUCUUGUUCAUCGUACUUGCUGGACAGAAUAAACAAUUUAUAUGCAUUUUUCUCACAGCAAAUCUGAUUCUUAAGGGCAUUAAAAAUGAAGAUUAUUUCAGUUGCUGCUUUUAGUCACUGUUAAACUUAUGUAUUGUGUAUAAACAAAUAUAGAAUUCUAUAACUCA